AUGAAUGUUCUGACUGAAAAACAACUCUACGAGAGCUGUCGUCCCGUUCUCGGUUGCCAUUAUGUAGCGUGCUCCGUAUACGUCCCACAAGCCUUCAUAUUUGAAGGCUGGAGCGUUGAAAUGGAGCGGCCUCCAUCCGUCAACCGCUCGUACGGGAGGGUAGUUUCAGCUCCCUCCUCGUUCUCCCGCGUGACCCAUCUCUUGAUCCUGCCAAUGUCGCAGACUGCAGAAGAUGCCAUGGCACCACAAAGUGUGUCAAUUAAUGGCGAUCGACCCUCGUGCUAA